AUGGCCACAGAUUCAGAUGCGCUCAAAUGGACUGCGCAGUUUGUGGUAACGCCCGCUACAAGAACAAAACAGCUGCCCGGCGACAAAAUUAUUCUUCCUCCCUCUGCUCUUGAGCAGCUACUGGCUGCUGCUCCAAUCUCCUCCACAUCCCCAACGCAAAACCAUUCCUUGACCCCACAAUUUGAUCCCUUUAAUCCCCACACUUUUGUCGCUGAGCGUCGAGCUAGAGAGUUGGCUGCAGAGAGACAGCAUCGGCUUCCACAACCCUUAACUUUUCGCAUAGUCAAUCCCUCGAACGGUCGGAUUGUGCAUGCUGGUAUCCGCGAGUUUUCUGCCCAAGAAAACGAAGUUGGCUUGAGUGCCUUUCUCCGCGAGAGCUUGGGUCUUGAGGAUGUUGAUUUCCAGCCAGCGGCGGCGGACACAUUACGGGAAGAUUCGUUGUCCAAUAUGGACAUAGCAGAAUUUGGGGGUGGAGGUAGAGCGACGAUACCCAGUGGCCCUCUUGUCACUAUUCAUGCGAAGCAGCUACCUAAGGGUUCCUAUGUUCGCCUGCGUCCCCUCGAGGCGGGGUAUGAUCCCGAGGAUUGGAAAGCGCUUCUAGAACGAUACCUGCGUGACAACUUUACGACUUUGACCCUUGGAGAGUUUCUGCUAGUUCCCGGAGGACGGAAUGAAACCUUUCGGUUUUUGGUUGAUAAAGUGGAACCGCAGGGUGACGGCAUAUGCAUCGUGGAUACCGAUCUAGAAGUGGACAUCGAAGCAUUGGAUGAAGAGCAGGCACGAGAAACGCUGAAAAGACGGUUGGAGAAAACUUCUCGCGCUCCAGGAACAAAGGAGGGAAACUCUAUUGGUGGGAACCUUGCUCAGGGACAAGAGGUCAGCGGCCAAGUGUUACCAGGAGACUACGUCGACUACCAACUAAAUGACUGGGAUCACGAACAUGCAUUAGAUGUUGAGAUUGAUGUAGCAGAUGAUGCAGACGUGGACCUCUUUAUAAGCCCCUUUUCAGCAAGACAAAGAAACCGACCUAGGGAUGACGAACAUGUAUUUGGUGAUUUUUCAAGUGUCUCCCUGAAGCAAAUAUGCUUACAACCUACGAAUAUUGAACUUCAAGAUGCCGAAGCCAUUUACAUCUCCGUGCAUGGCUAUUCAGAAAGCACAAUGUCUGAUGCCGAUAAUAAAUCGAAAACCGCAACUCCACUGAAAUUCAUCCUCCACACAAAGAGCGUUCCAGCAGGAGGUCACACCGAAUUACACGUUCCCACUGAGGAUAGUGAACGGGACCCAGAUGAUACGCAAUGUAAGAACUGCUAUCAGUGGAUACCAAAACAAGCCCUUUUCCUGCACGAAAACUUCUGUCUCCGCAACAAUAUCCUCUGCCCCAAGUGCGAAAACGUUAUCCAGAAACGCAAAUGGGAAAACCACUGGCACUGUCCCCACGACUCCUCUUAUGGCAACGACCCAUCCAGCCAUGCAAAACACAACAGAAUUUUCCACACCCCCCACCAGUGCCCAAACUGCCCCUUCAUAGCCCCAAACUUACCAGCCGUCGCCCACCACCGCACCACCUCCUGUCCCGCCAAACCCAUCCUCUGCCAAUUCUGCCACCUCAUCGUCCCGCAACAAGGCGAAUCAGACCCUGACCUAAACGAUCCCGAAGUCCUCCUCUCCGGCCUAACGCCCCACGAGCUCGCAGAUGGCGGCCGCACGACAGAAUGCCACCUCUGCAACAAAAUCAUCCGGCUGAAGGAUAUGAAAACGCACCUGCGCCACCAUGAUCUGGACCGCCUCUCACGGCCCGCGCCACGGGUGUGUAUGAAUCGCAACUGCGGCCGGACGUUGCAGGGGUCAAGCGCAUCUAAUGACUCGCUUGGCCUGUGCGCUGUGUGUUUUGGCCCACUAUAUGUGGACGUGUAUGAUCCGGAGGGCAAAGCGCUAAGUCGCCGGAUCGAGCGGCGUUAUUUGGCGCAGAUGUUGAAGGGGUGUGGGAAGGGGUGGUGUCUGAACCAAUAUUGCAAGACAGACCGGACGAAUACCGCCCCUAGCAGUGCAGAUGGUGACGGUGGCGGCGUGUCUCUCUCGAGUAAAGAAAUCUCAGCUAUGAUUAAACCGCUUAUAGAGGCUGUAGGUAUUGGUCCUACUGUUACGAAUACAGCGCCGUUUUAUUUCUGUACGGAUGAAAAAAGUCAGCAGCGGCGGAAGUUGGCUGAGCUGUUAGCCGCGGAGACUGGGAAUGAGACCGAGUCUGGUGAGGGGGAUGGAAAGGCAUAUGACAUUUCCUGGUGUAUUGCGGCGAUUGAGGCGGCGGCGGGGGAUGUGGGGAAGGCGAGGGAGUGGCUGAAAAAUUGGGCACCGGGAAGAGGGGAAAGGGUGGCGUUAGGAUAA